UAGUCUUCAUGGCACGAUUAAAGAUAUACAAGAUAUCUUUAAUCGUGCUCCAGACGCUCGUGUGUCGGUGCCACUUCCCAGCACUCUUGCACUGUUGUAUGGGGGAAUACCUUAUUCUUGGGUCCAAGCUACACUUCUACUUAAAUAUAGCAUACUGCAAUACAUCGAAUGAAUAACUUAAUUAUUUAACUAUCAUCGCGAUUUGACGUUUUAAUGGAUUGCAUUACUACAGUCGCGAUGGAACAAAUAAAAUCUAUGUUUUGCCAUGACACUGAUUAAGAAGCUUAAGGUAGUUGCACCUUCCUGUAGUAUCUAAUUUAGGAAUAAUGGAGAAGUAUGCACAUGUUUUAGUAACAAUUCUUUUGAAACGUUUAGUAUGUUUCAAAUGUUGCUAAUGUCACAGAAAUGUAACUUGAUUAAAAUGCUUUGUAAGCAUACUGAGCUGAACAGCAGUUAACAUAUUUUGAAAUAUUACUAUAGAAUUAACUAUGAAGUCUAAACAAUCAGCAGCUAUCUCCUGGGAUUCAAAAUUACCAUUUCCGAAAUUUCCAGUCUGGUUGUAUGUCUUAAUUGUAGCAUUUGUAUCUAUAUUAUGCUAUAGUAACUCAUAUUAUGGUGCGUUUGUAUUCGAUGAUUCUGAGGCAGUUGUAAAUAAUCACGACGUAAACCUAGAAACACCAGUGAUUAAGAUUUUUAGCCAUGACUUCUGGGGUACCAGACUUACGAAUCAGGCUAGUCAUAAGUCUUACAGACCUAUUACAAUUCUGUCGUUUAGGUUUAAUGUCUGGUUAAAUAAUGGGCAUUUAUCUCCUAAGUCAUUACAUUUCACCAAUAUUAUUUUACAUGCAAUCGUUUCUUGUCAACUGCUACAUGUCUAUAAUCUAUUAUUUAAUGGAAAUUCUCCUAAGACUUCAUUUUUAGCAGCCCUCAUGUUUGCAGUACACCCUGUUCACGCAGAAGUGGUGUCUGGUAUUGUUGGUCGUGCUGAUCUACUUAGUGCAUGUUUUUCUCUUCUUGUCUUUGUCAUUUAUCAUAGAACAGCAAAAACUAAACAAAUAAAUACAUUAACCAAUAUAAUGGCCACAGUAUUUUGCUGUAUUUUAAGUGCCAUGGCUAUGUUAUGCAAAGAACAAGGGCUUAUGAUUAUGUCGUUUUGUGGCAUGUUUGAAGUUAUUGUGAUCAACAAAAUCACGUUUCAAACUAUUAUGAAAAACAUUAAAUUCUCAAAAAUAAUUCGAUUGCUUAAAAAAGAAUCAUUAGAAAGGCUGUUUAUAUUGACUACAGGAUUUUGUAUUAUUCUUUAUGGUAGAUGGACUAUUAUGGGUUCACCUCCUACUUUUCAACAAAUUGAUAAUCCUGCAUCAUUUUUAGCAACACCAUUUGAAAGAUUUGUAAAUUACAGUUACAUCUAUAUCAUAAACAUUUGGAUAAUGAUAUGUCCUAUUUGGCUAUGCUUUGAUUGGUCAAUGGGUUGUAUCUCUUUGAUACAUUUGAAUACAUUUCCUAAAGAUCCAAGAUUAUUCAUUGUUUUUGGAUUUUGGAUUAUUCUUGUAUUAAUAUUUUAUAAAAUCUUGUUUUCAGAAAAUCGUGAUAAAAAACAAAUACAAAUGGGAUUUCUAUUAGGCCUUUUGUCAUUUUUGCCUGCUUCAAAUUUAAUGUUUACAGUUGGAUUUGUCAUUGCAGAACGAGUGUUAUACUUACCUUCUGCUGGUUUCAUUAUAAUUGUAGUCUUGGGUAUCAGGAGAUUAUGUUCAAAUUAUUUUGUUCAAAGAGUAGUUAGAAUAUGCAUUUUACUAUUGAUUUUUGUACAUUCCAUUCGUACAUAUCAAAGGAGUAAGGAGUGGAAUUCUGAAUUAGAAUUAUUUAGAAGUGCAUUAAAAGUUUGCCCAAUGAAUGCUAAAGUACAUUAUAAUUUAGCAAAAAGUUUGGCUGAUAUCGGACAUACACAGGAAGCUAUACAGCGUUAUAAACAUGCACUAUUAUUACACCCAAAGUAUGAUCAAGCAAUGAAUAAUUUAGCAAAUAUUUUAAAAGACAAAAAUGAAUUGGAAGAGGCCAGAUCUUUAUUAGAAAAAGCUGUUACUAUUAGAAAUGAUUUUGCUGCUGCUUGGAUGAAUUUAGGUAUUGUAUUAUCUGCUCAACACGAAUACAAUAAAGCUGAAGAUGCAUACUUAACUGCCUUACAGCACAGAAAAAGCUAUCCUCACUGUUACUUUAACCUGGGAAAUUUAUAUUUGGAAAUGGGAGAGAAAACUAAAGCAUUAUUUGCUUGGCAAAAUGCUACAUUUCAACAACCAACUCAUGUAAUUUCAUGGAAUAAUAUGAUUGUCCUGCUAGAGUCAAUUGGUGAAUUAAAAAGAGCAGAAAAUGUUGCUCGCACAGCACUCUCUAUUUUACCAAAUGAACCAAACUUACAUUUUAAUAUAGCCAACAUAUUAGGUAAAAUAGAUAAAUUUGUAGAAGCUGAAAAGCAUUUUUUGGCUGCUAUUAAAUUAAAACAUCGAUCUUCUAAGGCUAUAUUAGUUGCAUUAUAUCAUUCAAAUCUGGGAGUUUUAUAUCAUCGUUGGGAAAAAUAUGAUCUCGCAGAAAUGCAUUAUUUACAAGCAUUGAUGAUUGAUCCAAAUAUGCAGAAAGUUAAAAAUCAUCUAGCAGCAAUACGUAAACAUUUAAAUGAAAUUAAUCAACCCUCUCUCAAUAUAAAGUCUUAUCAACAAGAAAAAGAGUUUUAAUAAACUAAAUUGGAAAAGUUUUUGUUUCAUUAUUAAUAUUAUGUAAGUACAAGUCUGUAUUGCUGCCAUGUUUGAGUUCAUAAAGUUAUCGAAGAUCUAGCAUAAAUAUAUAUGUAUUAUUAUUAUUAUGAUAGAACUCUUUUUAUGAUAGCAAUAUCAGUUUAAUUUAUACAAAAGCAGUACUGACUAAUGAAGUAUGAAUAAAAAUAUCAAAUGAUCAUGCAAAACAUUUUUA